UUGAUGCACUUACUUGUUCGUCCUGAGCAAGUAUAACAAACAUGGGUAUUAAAUCAGAUUUAAGGUACUCGAUUUCCACAACUUUUGUGAAUUUUUAUUUAUUAAUUCCGACUAAACUAUUAUUUCCCAAAUUAUAAGAGCGAUUUCCUAAACUUGCCCAAACGAUUCCCAAACGAUUGGAAUAGCCGAAAAUAAAAAAUAUUAAAGUCGUCUGCUAAAUGAACUGAACUCACCUCGAGAGCUGAGGCAGUUCAUGCGUUCUCAUGCGCUGUGUGGUGGGGCGCGGAAGACCAUUCCCAUGCGCGCAUGAAUUGCGCAUGGAGUGAAACGGAACGAUCUUCAAGUUUUCCAUGCGCUUCAUGCGUGAAACGGAACGCACCCCUGGAAAUCUGCACCCGUACUAUGUAAAAAAGUAACCAGAGAAAUAGAAAGAAAUUUCCUGUCUAUAUACAGAAAGUAACUACUUAAGCAAAAUCGUGCAUCAUCGGACUGUUCCGAUUGUCGCCCGAAGUGGUAAAAAUAGAAAGACUUUCACAGCUCUUUCUUUAUCUAUUUUCUAACCUAAUGGUAUACCCUGCCCUGACCGUUUCACUAACUGUAACAAGGAUAACUUUAAAAGAAAUAAUGGCAACCGAAGAGUUUGAAAGAGAUUUUAAAACAACUUCUGAACAUUGGGACGUAAUUAUAAAUUAUCCCAUGUUAUUAAAAUCCAAAUUUGGAGGAUUUGAUGGAGAUAAUAUUAAAAUAAAAGAAUUGUGGGAAGAAAUGAUUGGAAUCCUCAACAGUUUAGGACAUGGACAACGUUCUAUACAGAAAUGGAAAGAGGCUAUUGGACGCUGGAAAUCCAAAGUAAAAGCAAAAGCAAGACGUCAAAGGCAGGAAAUGACUGCAACAGGUGGUGGAUCUAUGAAAACAAUACCACUCACCCAAACGGAAGAAAAAUUAAUGGCCAUCUUAGGGUGGAAAGCUGUAACUGGAGAUUUAAACAAAGAAUUAGGAAUAGUUGACUCCAAUACAACUAUUAAUAAUAAAGUCACAACAGAACGAUCUACAAAUAAUAAAAUUAUAACAUCAACUCCGAGUAAAGUAAUAUCAUCCACAUCUGUACAACCUUUUAUUCGUACAAACACUGAAAUGAUUAUACCCGAGAAAGUGUUUUUAUGUAAUUUGCAGUCGAUAGCAUGGCAAUCUGGGACGAAAGAAAUGACACAGUCAGCAUCGACUUCAACGUCGACAAAAGAAAUGACACAAUAUAAUAUUGUUGAAAAUAAAAACAAGAAGAUAUUUCAAGAAGCGAAGACUGUUAGUAGUCCGAUACAAACAGUGCUAUCAACAGCAUCCAAAUCUUCAGGAAUAAUAGAACCUCCACCAUUAGUGCUAUUAAAGAAAGGAACAGCAAAUGGAGAUAAAGAAAAACCUUCUGUAUCAACGUCAAACAAACGAACAGUAAAUGAAGACAAGGAGAAUUUUUCAUUACAAAAUAAGAAAAGAAUAAUUACGUCAAGCGUCAGCGUGAAAGGAUACCUUUAACGGUGCCUUAUUAUAUAUGCCAACCUUAAAGGGUGCCUUUUUAUGGGCGUCAGUUGACGCUAAUAUUCUGACCAAUUCUAACGCGUAAACGUUUUCACGCGUCAGUUUUGUAACUUGCGUUGUCUAUCGCGUGCGACGAUUGGACGCUGGUUUGACGCUAUAGAAGUUAGAAAAUUCGAACUUCUUCAACGUCGACGUAGAAACUAUCAUGACGUCACAAAUCGUCUUGACGCGCGUCAACUGACGCCUAUGAAAUGGCACCUUUAUACGAUACAUAUUACAAAUUUUUAGUAUAUAAGUGAAAAAAGAAUUAAUAAUAUUUGUAGAGAAAAAGAAAGAGAGAUGAAUGCAAUAAUGACAAUGUUAAAAUUAUAAGAAAAAAAAAAGAUUAAAACGUAUAUUUUUAAGAGAUGAAAACAAUCCAUUUAAUCUACCGAAUUUAUAAUUUAAAGAUUUAUUUCGCUUCCAAAGAAUUAAUGCAAUAGUUAAUACAUAGAGCCAAAGAGAUACAAAAGUAUAAAUUUUAAUUUUUCAUUACUCACUAUUAAUAAAAUGUACGCUAACGACAUAGUUGGAUUAUAAUAUUAAUUGUAAAAUUGUCUUGCUGUAGAAAUUAUUAAAAAUAAUUUGAACAACUAUUUCACAGUUAAUAUUAUCAGCGUAUUUCGAAAUGCACAGUUAAUUUUAAAAACUCUAUAGCAUACAUUAGAAUGUAAAUGCGAUCACCUUUAAUAUUAUCCCUGAAUAUAAAAUUGCAGUAUUACGAUAUUUUUUCUGCAAAAGCAUUUUUGUAUACAUUGUUAAAUUAAAUAAGGCAAAAAAUUAUUAAGUUUAAGUGCAAUGUUACUGUAAUAUUUUAAUAUAUGCAAUAUUAUAAAUAUUAUAAACAGAAUAUUUAUAAUCAGUAUUAUGUAGUUUAAUAAUCUAUGUAGAAAGUACAAAACUGCUGUGUUGUUUAAUACGAGAUUUUCCGUUGUUCAAUAAAAGCUGAAAAUAUUAUGUUUAGUGCAAC